ACGAAAGCUAAUCAAAUAUUAACACAUGAAUAUCGCAAAUAAUCUUCAACAAAUCCAGUCAUAUAAGACGCGACCGGUCAUGUAGACGAUAGAUAACGAUACAGAUAUGACACACACAGACACACGGACACAGACAGACAGACAAAGGAAACCCAUAUCAGUUCUGUGGAAAAUCAGUUGAUAAUGUUGUUUGUUUGUUUGAGUGGUACCUAGAUUUACUGGCCCUUUAAGUAUCGGCUUAGUGGUCACGUGGAAUGAAGUUGAUAUUGCGAAGGGAUAGGUAAAAGGUACAUGUCUACAAGACUGGUUGUAACUUGACUAUUAUAUCAUUUUUAUAGGACACAAGUCCGCCACACGUUGCCUUUUAUUUGGAAUGAAACGCUAAUGACUACUCCUAGAGGGCACGACUUGGGGAUAAUUCGGUCUCUCACCGACGAAAACAACCCCGGGCCCUUUCAACUGUAUAAGCCAGAGAGACGGGAUCGCUCGUAAAUGCUUUGCACGACUCUGGCUGCACACGUUGGAACUUCUGUAAGCCAGGAACUACUGCGAUGACCACCGAAGCGAUAUUCAUCUUAUCCUAUAAAAACGAUUUUCAUGAAGUUGUUGAAGGAGUAAGAAAAUGUGCAUUCGUCUUUCCUCCACCGUAUCUAUCAAAUUAAGGCAAAUAUCUCGGAUUCUUUAUAAUGAAAACCAAAGCACAAUUUUGGAGCAUGAUUAUUUUGUUUACCAUAUUUACACUGUUCUCAAGAAUUUGGAGUAACAUUUAUUUUGGAAAUUUUUGCCCACAGUAAUUCCGUGUGAUCAAAUCUUCACUAGACUAAAUUAGAUCAAAAUAAACAAAACAUGUCUCCCGCUCUAGCUACUACGGUUUUUAACACUUAGCUCUAAAGGAACAAAUAUUUAAUUAUUUGUGGAUGUAACAAACUUUACUCCUCAGUUCCAGAUCCACCUAAUUAAUUCGAGCUUUCGGUCACAAUAUAUUAAAUACUUCAGACGGACUAUAGCGGCGUAUAUUUGGAGUUGUCAUCUACGUCGUGUGUGUACAGUAGUUGGCAGUUGGCAGGCACCUGGCUUCUGACGUCACAGGCUAAUUCCGGCGAGACGAGGUCGUGACCCGACGCCCUGCGCACGCGCACAUACGCAUACACGUCUAUAUACACGCAGACGUUCACGUCCGCAACCCGAAAAAUGUUACACUCAAGACGAGUGUUGGUGUUAUCGAAUACUAUGUGUAACGUAAUUUGAAUUUGGAAGAUUCUGCUCCUUCAACUAAUAUACCAGCUCCGUAAUGUAGGCUCUAGCUACUGGGAUGACCCGAGAUCAGCUCCCGACCAAGAGUCCCAGUCGCAAGAAAUGAAUGACUACAGCUCAGAAUCAAAACACCACCAUCAUCAUCACACACGCCACUCUGGCCACCACCACAAGAAAUCCCAUGACCAUGACCAUGAGCAUGAACAUGAGCGUGACCACGGGUUUGCCCUCAGAUCGAGGUACAGAGACAGCGACGAGUCCGACGACUGUGACUGCGCGUGCAACAAAUGUGAACAACCUUCCGACUGCUGCAAGAACAUGUGCAAGUCUGCCUGCCCCGACCCCAGAGCAGCACAGGGCCAGUCCAGCCUGGUCUUCGUCCCCUACCCCUACCCAAUGAUAGUUCCAAACCCAAUUAUACCGAAAACGCCGCAAAACACCACGCCUCAGCCGCAGCCGCCACCGCCGCCUCCACCGACGACAACCGAAAUGGUCACCUCCACGACCAGCACGGAGCCACCCUCACAGAGAAUCUACCUAAAGUCACAGAAUGACAACAACAUGCUAGACACAGUACUCAAGAGUGUCGUUGACGAUUACUCCAACAUCAUUGUCAAGACUCCGGACAAGCUGAAGAAUGGGAAUAAUAAGUACAUGCUGACGUCACUACGCAGGACCAAGCCCGCCUGGAUGCCCAAGUUCGGGAUAGUGCCCAUCUCCGAUAACAUGGCGGAGAAACUCAUGUCUCAACUCAAGAGCGUGAAGGGACUCUCGAGGAGACAAAAGAGAGCCGCCGACUUUGAUGAGAAGUUCUAAGUUCAAGUAUUUGAACUUUUAUACUUUCUUAUUUUUUUACAAGACAUCCGUAGCUUUAUAUAGAAUGAAGUUAUUCGAGGAAAUG